UGAGCACCACCCCUGCACUCCUCUCUUCAACACCCUUCCCUGUCACUAGUUCCCACCCUCCGCGGGAGCUCCUGAGGGUCCUCUUUGCACACCUCCGUCUUGCCAGCCUCUGCUUUGCUCUUGAAGAAGAGAACCAGAAGGGCAUUGAGUUUGCCCUUCAGACACAGGGCCCUCUGGAAGGCUGGGAGCCUGGACCGGCAGAACAACACCCAUGUCAGAGCAAGAGAACUCUGGGGCAUGAAUGCCUCUGAAGGCCAGAGAUCAGGGUCAGCAGAAGUCAGAGGACCAGGGCCAUGGCUUGAUCACAUGUCAGCAUGCAGCCUUUCCCUGCCCCGCUGGCCCAUUUUUUUCCUCUCCUCACAGAAAGAAAAGCAACAGAAGCUGCUGGGCCCCAGGUGUACAUGCACUGAACUGGAUAUCACAGAGGAAAAUUCACAGAAAUAGAAAUACUGUAAGAAGAAUGAAGACUGAAGAAGCUGCCCUAAAUACAGCCAGUCUCUCUCCCCCAAAUGCCCCCUCCUGCAUUCGGAGAUGGAAUGCCUCCUCUCAACUUGGCUAAUUUCAUGCCGGGAAGGAGGGGCUCUUUCAGGUGCCCUAGACCCUCGCACCUGCGCCUGUCCGGCUCGGCCGGCGCUGCCCGCCUAGGCGGGCCCGCGUCGGGAUGGGGUAGGGCCAGCGCCAGUCCGGCGAUGGGCCGCCCCCUGGGCACCGAACAACCCCCCGAGGCCUGACCGACCACGAGGACCUGGCAGGAUCCCCGCCUGGAUGUUAAGCGGAUGCCUCCGGGCCCCUCGGCGAACUCGGUGGAAACCAUGGCUUCUUUGAUGCCUCUUUCCCCAUAUCUGAGUCCCACGGUCCUCCUGCUGGUCAGCUGUGACCUGGGCUUUGUGCGAGCAGACCGACCUCCCUCUCCUGUGAAUGUGACGGUUACUCAUCUCAGAGCCAACUCGGCCACUGUGUCCUGGGACGUCCCAGAAGGCAACAUCGUCAUUGGCUACUCCAUUUCCCAGCAACGACAGAAUGGCCCCGGGCAGCGUGUAAUCAGGGAGGUGAACACCACCACUAGGGCCUGUGCUCUUUGGGGCCUGGCUGAAGACAGUGACUACACCGUGCAGGUCAGGAGCAUCGGCCUCAGGGGAGAGAGUCCUCCUGGGCCCCGCGUACACUUCCGUACUCUCAAGGGUUCUGACAGGCUGCCCUCCAACAGCUCCAGCCCAGGAGACAUUACAGUGGAGGGUCUGGAUGGAGAGCGGCCAUUGCAGACUGGGGAAGUGGUCAUCAUCGUGGUGGUGUUGCUCAUGUGGGCUGCUGUGAUCGGGCUAUUCUGCCGUCAGUAUGACAUCAUCAAGGACAACGACUCCAACAACAACCCCAAGGAGAAGGGGAAGGGUCCUGAACAGAGUCCUCAGGGAAGGCCAGUGGGGACGAGACAGAAAAAGUCUCCUUCUAUCAACACCAUCGACGUUUGAGUGAACUGAGUGACUGAAGAACCAGAACCAGAAGAGAGAUGCACUGAUACUGGGGGGUGGGAUCAGGGAAGCCUAAGGUGGUGCUCUCUUUGAGACUCCCACAAGGCUGUGCACUCCCAGAAUCCCAGGCUGGUACCCAUCCUCUUUCCAUUGUGAGCAGGGCCAGAAGGUAGGUCUGUUAGAAUCUGUACCCCUGGACCUGGGAGUGGAUAUCAAAUGGAACAUCUCCUAUCCCCCAGGUCCAGGGGAGUCAUUUAUUCGACCCUAUCCCUAUAGGUCCCAAAUAGGGGCCCCAUCUCACCUGCAUCAGGACUAUUGGCAUCCUCUAGCUGCCCCUACAGCUUGCCUCUGGGCCUCAGAGAGGGCUGUUUCUGUCUGUAUUGCCCUCUUCCACAGAGGAAGAGGAAGCAUCUGGGCCUCGAGGCAGAUGCCACACUGCACUACUCCAAUGUCUUCCACGGAGCCUCAGGUGCUCCCCCCUCACCUGGCAGUCCCUCCAGCUGCUGGUGAUAUCACCCCUGGGACAUUUUUCCAAUAAAGGUUCUUGGACAAACCGGAAA